CACCACAGACACCACAGACACCACCUAGGAAACUAUUCAAGCCUUCGAGUAAAACGAAGACGCCAACUCCUUCAAAAAAACAAAGACCAACUACUUCUGCUCACUCAAGUGUUCAAUCCCGUGAAGUCCUGACUCCGACAGAGACAGUUAGUCGAAGCACGGGUGCGCUUGGUAGCGCGCUAGAGGCUACGAGUUCUGUAGAUAAUUUAAGAGGGGGAAAGGACGCGACGGAUCAAGCGAAUAACCAUGUUCAGAGUAUUGGCGGGAAGCCUGAAGAAACCCUCAGUUCUUCGAGUAACGAUCUCCCCGAACCCUCGAAUCCUACAGACACCCUAAAUUCGCCGACAGACGUUGCUAGAUAUUUCGCCGAGCAGGGAAAUUUUGAAAUGAGUACCUUCGUAUCCGCGCUCGCUGGCAGGACUUCACACGACCAGAGAGACGUGGCUAGCAACGGCGUUGGAACACCGAGAGCCGACACUGAUACAAAGGGUCACGGCGACAACUUGGUGAAUACGGUAUCUGAGUCGAUAAAACAAUUACCUGAUGGGCGUACGAAAGAAAUACUCGAAAAAAUAGCUAGCGACACAGCAAACAAGACACCUAAUCUUGCGGGUUCAACUGAGGGAGAAAGUAAAGAUUCUGACAUAAUUGACGAACAUUCGCCGAAGGUAUCUGAUACUAAGAAGCUAAGUCAAGACAAUAACAUUAUCGAUAAAAUACCGGAUCGUCACCAACCUGCAGAUGUCUCUAAAGAGGCCGAAGGAGUUACGGGCGGCCCGGAAGGGCUGAUAUCUGAUGCUGCGCCAACUAAUAUCAUCGGCGAACCAAACACGGGUAUCCUUUCAGAGGAAGCUCAUAUUGAAGUAUCUAGUGGAGAGCCCGAACCGGGUAUUUCGGCUCAUGGUACUACGGACGACAUUAAACAAGAUCUAGCUCCUAGCACUUCGGGAGUUUUAGAUGAUAAUACGCGGGUUGCAGAUAAUAUGGGCCAACCGGCGCAUAUUGAACGAAGAAUUGAGAUCUCACUUCCUCGCCCCGAAAAGAUUGUUAGCAGCCCCCCUGAACCGGCAAAGCCGGAAGCAAAUAAUAUAUCAGUUGGCCUCGGCCACCCCGAUGACCUGCCUGAUGUCCAAGAUUUACCAGGUACAGACGAUUUGCAAGAUCCACCAGAAGAAGUCUUAGACCCUUCUGUGCACUCUCCGGUUUCUAAUGUUACCCCUAUUCCGAAGAUCCCAAAAAUUACACCUAUUGGCAUGGCGCCGCCUCCUGAUCUACUCCUCCUCGCACAUGGCCUUGGCGGCGGUGUUGUCGACGAUGUUGGCAGCAUUGUAGACGCGUCAGGAAAGGUACUCGGUCACGCUACGGGAGACCUCCCUGCUAUGAUAGGUAGAGAGGUUGCAGACAACGGCGAAGUCUACGGAGAAAGCGGCGAGGUCAUUGGAUACGUUUCUGAGAAUUUCACUAGCCCACCGCCGCCUGUUGAUAUCCCCGAAAACGUGUUCGGAGGAUUGAUGAUAGAUCAUGAUGGCAAUAUCCUCGACACAAAUGGUAACAUAAUCGGUCGCUUCAAUGAGAAGGCCGGGGAGAAUGUCAAUUUAGCGCCUUUUAUGAAGCGGUUCAAGCCAGAAGAAUCCCGGACCGAGGAUAGAAAACCUGAUGAGAAAAAGCCGAAAGUCAAUGCUCAUACAGGAGGGAGCCCUUCAGACAUCUUCCUAGAUGUAAAGUCUACGACUGACGGUGUUCAACUUACAAUUCGCAUCCCUACGACAUUUGGAAGGUAGUCACAAGAUUCAUAGGCACAUGUGCAUCUCAUGAUUUUGAGUUGUAUGUCUUUAAUUACGGUCAAUGGCGCAUCAAAAAAGGUCCCAUACCAUGUGGUAAAUGUUAAUGAGCUUAUAAUCUUGGAUUUUCUUUUUGCCGCAGAGGUACGGGUACUUCUGAGAGGUAGUGAUAUUUGCUUGAUAUCAUAGGGAAUUGAAAAUCUCGAUACGAGCAAUGUAUUUACGAAAUUAGUAUGUAGCUAGGGGCGAGUCGCCGUCUUCAGAAAGCAUGUACCAUGUAUAAUAUGAGAUGUGAGGAAUCUAACUCUUAAUGACAUAUCGGC